AGAAAAAGAAAACGCCAAAUCGCCCAAAACCCUAGACUCGGGCAGGGCUCACCUUCCUCCUCCUCCUUCGCCGCCGCUCUACGUCCUCUCCUCCGGCUACCAAUAUCCCAGAAACCUACCCAAAUGCUCGCCUCCACCUUUGCCACGCACCCUGCUGCCGCUGCAGCCGCCAGGCGACGAGGUCCGAUCCGCUGGCGCCUGCCGUUCUGUUCCCAAAUCGUCACGGUGACGCUGAGGCGGCGGUUUCCAAUGGCGAGGCUUUCGAUCACGAACGCCCUCGCUAGCCAGAGCCUCGAGAGUGCCCCUGCGGCGCCUCCCAAGCACUCGUUCCCGAUACUGGUGAAUAGUUGUACUGGGAAAAUGGGGAAGGCUGUUGCUGAAGCAGCUGUAUCUGCUGGUCUUCAGUUAGUUCCUGUAUCAUUCAGUGCUAUUGAGGUUCCUGAUGGAAAGGUUGAAAUUUGUGAUAGGGAAAUUUAUAUUCGUGACCCAUCUGAAGGAGAAAGUAUUCUCCCUUCGAUUGCUAAGGAUUACCCAGAUAUGAUAGUUGUUGACUACACUGUUCCUGAUGCUGUUAAUGCUAAUGCUGAGCUUUACUGUAAACUUGGAUUGCCAUUUGUUAUGGGCACAACAGGUGGAAAUAGGCAACUGUUGCACAAAACAGUUGAGGACGCAAACGUGUAUGCUGUGAUAUCCCCACAGAUGGGGAAGCAGGUUGUCGCGUUUCUUGCUGCCAUGGAAAUCAUGGCAGAGCAAUUCCCCGGUGCAUUUUCAGGUUACAAACUAGAGGUCAUGGAGUCUCAUCAAGCUACAAAAUUGGACAUUUCUGGCACGGCCAAAGCUGUUAUCUCUUGCUUUCAGAAGUUGGGUGUGUCAUUUAACUUGAACGAGGUUAAGCAGGUCCGGGAUCCUCAGGAACAGCUUACAUUGGUUGGUGUCCCAGAAGAACAUCUUUCUGGUCACGCAUUUCACAUGUACCAUCUCACUUCACCGGAUGAGACAGUUUCAUUUGAGUUUCAACACAAUGUAUGUGGCCGUUCAAUUUACGCAGAGGGAACUGUGGAUGCUGCCCUGUUUCUCCAUAAAAAGAUACAAUCUGGUGCCAACAAGAAAUUAUAUGAUAUGAUUGAUGUCCUAAGAGAGGGCAACAUGAGAUGAUCCUCUGUUGGUGUUAUACGUGGUUAUGUAACACCGAUCUGUAAACUCAGAUGCGCACCAAAAUUAGGCGACUACUAAGAUUUACCAAUUUUCUAUUGUAACAAAUUGUAGUACCGUCGGAUAGUAGUUUCCUCAGGAGAAAAAAAAAGUUUAUCUCGAAUGAAUAAUGAAGAUGACUUCGUUUUAAAAAAAUAAAAGAAGGGCAAAAGAAUAAAAAACUGGCUAAGGCUUGAAAGCUGAGACCUUUUGAGCAGAA